CUCUUCAAAUACGCACCAAUGUUUGAGAGCGACUUCAUCCAAAUUAGCAAAGGAGGGAAGGUGAUGGAUGUGCACAGCCAGGGCGCGCUGGUGACCGUGGGCAUCGUCUGCACCAGCCCCAGACUCCAAGUGCCUGAUGUCAUGCUGCUGGCCUGGCCAACUGCAAACCGGGAGAGAUAUGUUACAUGCAGGUGUGCCACCCAGGACAAAGGACGCAGGUGGACACGGGCCUUGGAGCUAACGAGGCUGCUUCCCUUGAAGCUGGUAAGGUUAUCCAUCCACGAUGGUGUAAAACAGCAGCUCCGUCUGAAGCUCGCCACAGGCCGCUCUUUCUACCUUCAGUUGUGCCCUCCUUCUGAUGCAAGAGAAGAUCUUUUUGUUUACUGGGAAGAUCUGGUUGGCCUCCUACGACCACCAGUGGAGGCUUAUAGCAGUACCGAGGCCAUGCCAGUGGGAGACACAAUGGACAUGCCUAUGUUUGAGGAAGAGAGUAAGAGUCUAACAGUAAGUCUUUGUACUGUUUCUAGAGACAUCUAA